UUUUCGUGCUUAGGUUGGUGGCUGUUGUAUUUCGCCGUCUGUUUUGUUUUUUGGUUAUGUGCGUACUCUAUGCGUGUUUUGACAUUUCACUUCUGUGUUUUUAGAAUUUUGCUGUUUGGUGUUAAGCUAGACGCUGACACUGACAAUGGAAAUUUCAGAAUCGAACCAAAGCACUGCGAACGAUUUGCCUGUAGUUGAUGUUCUAUCUCCAAAUGAGGCAGUAGAUUAUGGGGAGAGAAGUCUCAAACCUAGCACUGUAGGUAGAGUUAGAAGAAAGAGACGGCCCUUUUCCCCAGAACCAAAUAGAAGUCCGCAUAAAAUUUCAAUGAGGGUCAAAGUAAAGAAAAAGCAAUCUGUUCAGUAUGACAAAAAUCAUUGUACUGAGAAGUCACCAGAAAACUCAUUUGCAUGUGACAAAUGUGGCUCAACAAGUGUAGUCGACCCAUCUCGUUGUCGCUUGCCGAUUGACCAGAACAAAAAGACACAAUCUGCCAGAAAGAAAGUGGACCCAUCAACCAACAGAAUAUUAAGCCUUUGUAAUGCUUGUGGCCUUGCUUUUUCUCGCCCUCCAAAGGAGAACAAAGCAUCAAUUUCCAUCGAAGAUCGUGCUAUGUUUUUAAGAGAGGCAGAAGCUUUCGCUAAAUCCAUUGCUGAAAAAGUGGGGAAGCCAGCUGCUGAAAGACUGUUUUGUCCCGCAUACAAGACCAAACCUUGUGGCUGUAUUCAGACAUAUUUAUCAUCUACAGGUGAAGAUGAAAGCAGUUUAGAAAGUAGAGUUGAAUAUUUGUUGCAAUUUUUCAAUACUGCUUGCGAUUUAAAUAGAAGAAAAAAUUUGUUUCCAGAAUAUGAUUCAGAGCAGAGGAGUAAAGAAGACACCAGCAUCAACCCAACUGAACGGAAACAUCGUCAAAAAGAAUAUGAACAUUUUAUUUUGGAUACAAGACAAGCCCUAAGAGAAAAUCUGCGGUUGUGUGAACGAGCUUGCCAGCGAAUUCUUCUUUAUUCAAAUAAUUUCCUUCAUAAAAGACUUAAAUCAACACCUAAUCAAUGCUCAAGAGUAUCAAGGCAGCUUGGACGUAACUGUUUGGGUCUACUAAAGCCUAUAAAUGAGCUGGGUUCAAUCAUGUGCUGUUCAGACAAAUGUUCACGCAUUGCAUUGACCCAUUCCGCCCUGUUAGAAGAAUGGCGGAAGCAAGCAACUCUAGGACAACGACAGGCAAGACGAGUUCUGGCAGAAAUGCUAACUCCUUCAGGUGGAACAAAAGCCAAUUGUUACAAGUUCAUUUCAAUGGUGACAGGAUGUGGACCUACCACAAUCAGUUCUGUUAGUCACCAGAUGCGAAUUACUAAGGGAAUCCGAGAACCACCAGAACAUGGUCUGAAAAAGUGGCACCGGGAGAACCCUCGCAAGCCUACCAAAUCCUUUACUGAAGAGGUUGAACAGAGUCAAACAGACCUAAUUGCCUGCUUUGGUCAGACUCAGACUUCUGAACAAAUGCAAGAGGAUGACCCAAAACAGCAAUUGGAGCAACAGCGGCAAGAACUAGAAGAGGCAAAGCGUCAGUUAUAUUUGAAGCAGCAAGAACUAGAUCAUUGUCGACAGAUUAUUGACCAACAUUUUCAUCAAUCAAACAAUGCAAGUAGCAAUAAUCUUUCUAAGGCUGAUGCAAUCAAGAAUGCCUUAGGAGAUAUUGACAGUGACUCACAGUUUUUAAAUCUUCCAAUGGAAGCAACUGUGACCAUGAUGUCUGAUUUGUCGCAUGAGCAAUCCGUCCAAAUAAUUGAUUUGGUUCCUGGAACAUAUAUCACCGUCCCUUCUAGCUUUGAUACAUCCAGCAUUCUCACUGUAGCACCAGAAUCAAAGGGAGUGGAGAUAGAGUCAACAGAGAACAUUGAGAAUCACCAACCAGUUUACUCUGAAAAUGAUUUGCAGCUGCUCUCAGACUCUUGUAGUGCUGGUAGCUUGCUGAUCCAUUCUGAAAAUGGUGUCCAAACUAUUUUCAAAAUUUCCUCUGGACAGGAAGAAGUUAAUCCUAUUGUUGAGAACAAUCAAUCCAUGCCCACCGUGAAUCAAGAGGUUUAUGUAUCAAUGCCUUCGGUUUGUAAUAAUGAUGAUAAUCUUUUGAAUCCACCUGAAAAAGUAUCAAAUGUUUCUGUAAUCAGUACAUGUGGGCUGCAACCAUUACAAUCCCAUUCUUCCUUAAAUAGUAGUAGUUUGUCGCUAGUUGUUCCACCAGAGGAAGCAGGGGACAUUUCUCCAUCCCAGCGGACGACAGUCAUCACAUUGAGCAAUGCUGAUUCUGAGAAAUCAGUCUUUGGUGGGAAGAAACCUGAUGCUGUCCUACAAGAGCCCAUUGACAUGUUGAAAAACGUUGGAAGUGAACACUGUGUGCAGGACUUGGAUCCUACCAACUCUUUGCCCAGUGUGAUUUUACUUACAUCACAGUGCCAGUCUGAUGGCAAUACUUUGGACUCUCUUGAGGGAUUGUUAGAAUAAAGCACUGCAGCUUUUACAUUG